UCUUUGAAUGGGAUUUUCAUCUUCAAGAUGAGGACAAAAUAGAACUAGCAGGGUUCAUUUUUGGUCUUUGGGAGAAUGGGUAUACCACGUUUUAUCUUAUGACGGUAACCAAGAAGGGAAGAGUGAUUUAUAAUCCUCAGUUGAACAAGACACAUCUUAGUUACGUUGGGCGAGUGACUUGGGAAGGAAACAUAUCGAAGUCUUACUUGGCCUAUGAAUUGGUGAACCUGACUUUCUCCGAUAGCAACACAUACGGAUGUCAAAUUGACGUGGGAGGUUUCCGACGAACAAUUCAUUCUAAGAUCACCUUAAACGUCCAGGCGAUACAUGCAUCAAAAACAACUGAAGUGUGUGUCUCUUCCAUAUGGGACCAUGCUCCCAAUGCUACAUCGAGAAAAUUUGUUCCAUCAUUAAAAGCGGGUGUCCCAGAAAAUGCAACAGCGGGAAGUGUAACAACUUCGAAUUCAAAAAUCUUGGUAUCACACGGGAAAGCGGGCUCUGCGAAGUCAAAGUGGGAAUUAGGGAUUGAAUGCUUACCUUACCUGUCAGUCCUUGCCAUUCCACAUUUCUUUGGGCCGUGACUUCCAAGCUCUGAAGGAGAACUGGAGUGAGUAAUAAGUACUAGUUAAGACUAGUACUAUGUGAGUGUUAGUUAAGAUUUUCAACUUUCCCUUUUCGUUUCGAUUUACCUGUCGUGAUUUCCAAAUUUCCAAAUACGAUGGUUCAAAAUAAUAAGUGUCUUUGUGGUAUCCCAUGAGAUUUACCAACACUCUAAAAUCAAUGGGCAUAAAAGUCUCAUAUGCAGGAAAUGUAAAUGUUUAUUUUUCAUUAGUAUCUUUAAUAGAAGAAGGCAUGGCAAUCUUCCAAGUUAAAACUUGUCAUGAUCAUCUAUUUACAUGUUUAUUCAUUUUUCUGUUUGUUUAUCUAUCAUUUAUCGAUUAAUUCAUCUUUUACGUAUGUUUCGAUAAAAAAACAUAAUUGCUAUUAUCCGUAUAGCAAGUAAUUUAGUGCUAAAAAUAUUGUUAAAAAAAGGUAGUAAUAUGACGAUCGUAAUACCAGUAUUCCAUGUAAUUAUUAGUUUUAGUAUUGUUUUCAGUGUAAGCAUUUUAGUCGAGCAAGUUUCUGUAAGCUGUGACGCGAAUUUUGUGAGUAAUGUCAGUAUUGUACUUAAUUGUUAGUAGUGCAAGUAAUUGCAAGUAGAGUAAGCAUUGUUAUCUCCUCCAAUAAAGUAAAAGUAAACGAAGAAACAAGCCAAAUUGACAAAAGUUUGCUGAUUGCUGAUGAAAUCCAUUACUUCAUUUACGAUUGCCGAUUUUCCACACACAUUCCAGAAAACCAGAAUCAUGUUAACUCGACGUGACAUCUCUAUGAUUAUACACUCCUCAAUCAGCAAUUUGAAAUAAAGGUAUCUUGAUGUAG